AUGCUCCGCGCCAUCUUUUACGCCCGCUUCCACCCCGAGCGCGGCCCCUGCAUUCUCCACCAAUCUCCCCCGGACGCCAUCAUCUCCGACACCACCAGCAACCACCAACAACAAGGCCUCCUCAGCUUCGCCGACGUCUCGCCGUACGUGAUCCCGGCGCACGAAAUCUGCAAUGCCGCGCUGUCUGUGUGCAGCAAUGGCUUGCGCCUGCUCGGCUUCCCCGUCAGCCUGGAGGAUGCAAAGUACGCGCGGAACCGCUUUGCUUUCAACGUGUGCUAUGUGCUGGAUGAUGAUGUGGAGCCGCGGGCGUGGGGGGCGGUUGUGAGGAAGACGGCUUGCUUCUUUCAGGCUCUGGAGGAGGAAAGCGGGUUGUUGCAGGCUGGAGACCCGGUCGAGGACUUGAAGCUGACUUCCGAGAAUGAGAAUCAUGCAAACUACGCCUCCUGGAUUGACAAACUUCUGCACCAAAUCGUGGACGACUUGAACUCGUAUGGCGAGACUUGCGCAAGGGUUGACAGUACCCAUGUCCUCAACCUACGCUUGCCGACACUCAGACCUCGUCCGGCGCCAGUAGAAGCAUGGCACGUUCCCCUGCUCACACGGCCCUUACCCGAUGCCGACCGAUGGACGUGCGAUCUUGUCCUGCAGCAAAUCCGGCCGCACAUCGACGGUGUGAAGCAUGUCCAGCGCAUCGCCGAGCUGGCAGAUGUCGAGCCCAUCUCCGUCAAAAAGGCCAUUGGCGAGCUGGUCUAUCACCGACAUGCCAUCAUCCUGGACACCUUCCACUUCCAGGCGAUCUACGCCGUCACAGACGCCUUUGCCUACUUUGUUGAAAAUCAAGACAUGGUGGAUGAAUGCUGCGCUUACGUAGCUGCUCCGAGAGUACUUUCUUCGACAUCCAUCCCGCAGUCAUCCACAAUCAUCGCCCUCUAUCGUGCCCUUUCCAUCGGCACAACCUUGCAGGAGCUCUCCCUAUCCCACGCAGACCAACUCCACAACAUCGACAUACGCCGCCUCAUCACAUACGGCGUGAUCAAGCGCUUCCUCCGCCGCAUCCACAAAUACGCCCUCUCCAUCGAAUCGCAGGCCAGCACUCCGCGGCCAUCCAACGGCUCAUUUGCCACAAAUCCAAAUUCGCUUCCUCGAAAUGCAGACCAAGCGUGGAAGACGGCUGCCCUCAGUUCUGGCUGGCCCACGCCGCCGACGGCAGAUACAGCUGCUUCUAGGGCCGGGAAGGAGAGCCACGAAGACCAGGAUCAAGAUGGCUUGCUGGAAGCUUUUCUAGAUGUGAGGCCAAAGUGA